CAAUUUGUAGAAGUGUUAAAAACACAGACAGUCUAUGACAAAGUUCAAUUCCGAUUCAUUUACUGCUAGGGUACUCCAAAAGUUCAAGCCCUUGGUCUCACCUUUGACGAAGGAUCCAAUGACUGUUUCACAUCUGAAGAAUUUGGCCCGCUAUCGGAAUUAAGGUUCCUCAAUUUGGAUCGAGCUAAUAUGAGAGGAAAUUUUACUGGUCUUCUUUUCAAAUUAAGGUGGCUUCAUUGGCGAGGGUACCAUAAGAGCUCCGAACCUCUUAUUUUGUGCCUAGAGAACUUGGUCAUACUUGAUCUAUCAUUGAGCGCAGUGGCAGAUGACUGGGAAGGUUGGACACAAAUAAUGGAGAAGGCAAACAAAUUGAAAGUUUUGGACCUAACUGGUUGCAGUCAAUUACGUAAAACGCCAUGCUUCCCAGCUGAUAGCAAAUUAGAAAGACUGAUUCUCGAAGGAUGUUCUCAUUUGUCAGUUAUUGACGAAUCCAUUGGUAAUUUGAAAAAUUUGAAGUCUUUGAACAUCAAGUCCACUUGGAUUUUCCUGCUGCCGAAGGAGAUGGGUUCCUUGGAUAAUUUGAAAGAGAUUUUUGUCGAUAAAACGUCCAUACAUGACCUUCAUUUCUUAAGAGGUUCUAUGCAGAAACUUAAAACUAUCAGCGCUUCCAGCUGCAAAAAUUUGGCUGAAAUAUGCAAGGAUAUUGGUUGUUUAAAGUCUUUGUCAUAUCUCGCAUUGGACGAGUCCAAUAUCAAAGGACUCCCGAAUGAUGUUACAUCGUUGGAUGGACUUGUGGAGCUUUCUUUAAGAGACUGUCGGAGGAUAACUGCACUUCCGGACUCCGUUGGGAUGCUUAAGUCACUACAGAAAGUGGAUCUGUCAAACACCAGAAUUAAGAUAUUGCCAGAUUCCAUAAAAAAUUUGGAUAAAUUGGAGGUGCUUAGAAUGAAUAAGACUCCCAUAAGAACAUUCCCUACGGAUAUUGCAAAUCUAGGGAAGUUGCAAGUCAUAACGUUUUCUGACUGCCGGAGUAUGCAAGGGGAAAUUCCGCGUGACAUUUCAGGGCUAUCAUCUUUGAGAAUCCUGGCGUUAUCGUUUACCCUGAUUGGUAGCCUACCCGAAUGCAUUUGUCAUCUUUCUCAUCUCCAGACCCUCCACUUGCUCGGGUGUGACGAACUUCAGACUCUACCAAAAUUACCAUCUAGUAUAGUGAGUUUGCGCUGGGGAACCAAAAACAUGAGGGUAGUUCAGGAUUUUUCAUAUUUGAGGGAUUUGAAAGAUCUGGAAUUAGUUAAUGUUCCUGAUGAGGGGGACAUACCUUCCUCUGAGCUGUCCCAAACGGAAAGCUUUGGCUGGAUAUCAAGUUUAUCCAACUUAGAAACCCUAAAGCUGUGCCUUCCAAAUGUUACUAGUCUACCAGAAGUUUUUAAUGCUCUCCCUCGACUUAAAACACUUGAUUUGUCCUGCAUAAACCUGCGAAACCUCCCACAACUUCCCCCAAGCUUGUCAAAACUGCUUAUCAAGAAUUACAAGAGCCAGAGCAUAGAUUUCUCUAAUCUAAAAACUCUGUCCGAAUUGGAGCUCUGUGACUGCAAUGUAUGGAAAAUUCUCGGUCUUGGGAACCUAAGGCUCCUGCAAGUGUUGAAGAUAUCUGGCUGCAAAAUUGUCAACCUUGUUGGUCUUGAACAAGCAUCACUAUUGAGAAGGUUGUCUCUGUCUGAUUGCGAAUAUCUCAAGAGGUUGCCGGACCUAUCAAAGUGCACAAAUCUGGAAAGUAAGGAAAUAGACUUUUCCAACAUUGAGGAUCAUAUUACUCUGGGAUUGGAUUGGGAUGGGAGUUCGGUUUUGAACUUGUUCAGGACGACAUGCAAGUUGAAGAUCAAGGGCACUGGUGAAGAUAAGCUGAGAGGGAUCAACAGCAUCACAUUGCGUGGAUGCGAUGAUUUUUCUUCUUCUCGAUGCUGUGCAACAAGGUCUCUUCAGUUGAUGGAACGAAGGCCUGUCAUUCUGUUCAUCCAGGACUUGUAUGAAGUGUAG